CACAUAGCUGCGACUUAUAAUUGAGAUGGCAGAUAAAGCUGCAGAUGCAGGUGCUGGCGUCGGCAAUAGCGACGCAGUAGACGCAGUAGGUUCAUCAUUGCCGCCCUCACUGCCUGCAGUGCCCGAUACCAGUGUCCCAAGUUUAUUAGACUCGCGAACGCUGCCCCCAGUGGCUGAUGGGAAUGAUGCAGCGCCCCGCUACCUGCCGCGAGAGGACGGAUCAACGCCGGCUUCGCUGACAUUCAGCGAAGCUUUUGCUCAACUGCGAAAGACAUCUUCGUAUGUAGCGCCGCCGCCACAGGAAGAUAAGCCUCCUGCUCGAGAUGCAGCGGCCACAAUCUACGUGAAUCGGCGACAGAAGGGCAAUCCGAUGCUCAAGUCUGUGCGCAAUGUGGGGCUUGAGUUCCGAGACGGACUGAUCCCGGACUAUGUCAUAGGCGAGUCUUCCUGCUGUGUAUUGUUUCUCAGUGUAAGGUAUCAUCUACUACACAAUACUUACCUGGACGAACGCGUGCAGAGUGUGAGGAAGGACGAUCCUACGCGCUAUAAAACAAAACUCGUGCUGUGCUUCGUGGACGUGGACGACAAUGAGGUGGCACUGCGGGAGAUCAACCGCGUUGCGCUUUUGAGCGACUUUACGCUGGUGCUGGCAUGGAGUUGGCUAGAAGCUGCGCGAUAUCUCGAGACUUUCAAGGCCUACGAGAACAAGUCGGCAACGAUCAUCAAGGAGAAAGUGGAGGCUGAAUUUCUACCAAAAGCAAACGACGUGCUCACAUCCAUCCGAUCGGUGAACAAGACAGACGUAGUGACAUUGCUGUCCACGUUCGGAACAGUGAAGGGGCUCAUGAAUGCAUCGAUGGAGGAGCUGUCGCUGUGUCCCGGCGUGGGCGCCAAGAAGGUGCGGCAGCUACUCGAGACUUUCCAAGAGCCCUUCACAAAGCAGUGAAAGUGGCGAUCAGGGGCAACUUUGUCACAUUGAGGUGCUGUCAACAAUCACUGCAACAUUUCGAAGUUGCACCCUCUUGCAGGAAUUAUUCAACAUGUAUGGUAUCAAAAAUGUGAAAUCGCUCCUCUUUGGCUUCAACCACCAGUCGAUAAUCAGCUGCAUUGACGUAAAUUACUUCCCUUUGCGUUUCC